UUUUAAGACAAUUUUCGUAGUCCAUUAUACGUAAUACUAUAAAUUAUAGUCCAGUAAAAUGGUGUUGGUAGUAAGUACAACUUACAAGUGUAGCACAAGUUCAAGAAGUGUGAACCUACAGUAUUUUCAAUUACUGCUUUUAUGAGUUUUCUGCAAGUGCCUGUGUUAAUAAAACUUAAAAUAAAUGAAAGUUAAUAAAAUACGAAAAUGGGAUAUUACUUCUAUUCUAAGAAAUUUUAGUGGAAUAAUUAUAUUCAGUAUUUUGGUCUCUAUACUUGCACAUACUUGGCACAAGGCUGAGAAAGGUAAAUCCUUUUGUGGUGUACUUCUUCUGAUGGGUUUCUCUUAUGACCUGUACUGACCUUGAAGAUCAUUACUCUUUUGUGUUUUUCACUAUGAUGGAAGAUCGCAUGGGAAUGACUGUUACAUCAGGAAGUGUUACAAUACCAAAAGAUGAAGAUAAUUUGAUUGGAAUCAGUAUAGGAGGUGGAUCACCCUACUGUCCUUGUUUGUAUGUUGUUCAGGUGUUUGAUAACACCCCUGCAGAAAAAGAUGGUGCACUCCAAUCUGGUGAUGAGAUAGUAGGAGUCAAUGGAAUAUCAGUGAAAGGCAGAACUAAAGUUGAGGUUGCUAAGUUGAUUCAAGGUUUGAAAAGUGAAGUGACCAUUAAUUAUAAUAAACUUCAUGCUGACCCAAAGCAAGGAAAAACACUGGAUAUAAUUUUGAAAAAGAUGAAACAUAGAGUGGUUGAGAACAUGAGCUCUGCAACUGCUGAUGCUCUUGGUCUUAGCAGAGCAAUUUUAUGUAAUGACAAUCUAGUGAAGAAACUGGAGGAGUUAGAAAGAAAUGAACACAUGUAUAGAGGUAUAACAGAGCAUACAAAAUCAGUUCUCAAAGCCUUUUUUGAUGUUUGUAAAAUAUACAAAAGUUUUGGUGAUGUGUUUGCUUCUAUUGGUGUAAAAGAACCCCAACCUAAAGCCAGUGAAGCAUUUACAGAGUUUGGAGAAGUUCAUCGUUCCAUGGAAAAAUAUGGAAUCAAGCUUCUAAAAAUUGUUAGUCCAAUGUUGAGUGAUUUGAAUAUUUACGUGAACAAGGCAGUACCUGAUACCAAGCUUACCUUCAAGAAAUAUGUAGACAGUAAGUUUGAAUAUUUGUCAUAUUGUCUUAAAGUGAAGGAAAUGGAUGGGGAAGAAUAUGCCUAUCAAACACUUGAAGAACCUCUAUACAGAACUGAGACUGGGAAUUAUGAGUACAGGCUAGUUCUACGGUGUAGACAAGAUGCAAGAGCUAGGUUUGCCAAACUCAGAUCUGAUGUUCUUGUCAAGCUCGAACUUCUGGAUCAGAAACAUGUUCAAGACAUAGUCUUCCAGCUACAACGUCUUGUUUCAGCAUUGUCAAACUACCAUAAUGAUUCUCAUGCUGUAAUGAAAACAGCAAAUAUCUUUCCUAUUGAAGUGGAUCUUCCUGGAAAUACAAACCCUGCAGUUAGUCCUUAUCAGGGUGAAGAAGAAGAUGAUGACGACAAACUUCUGGAAGCAACAUAAACAAAGGAAGAUGCCAAUCUUUUAGGAGACUAGCCAGUCAAAAAUAGUUAUAUAUAUAUAUAUAUAUAUAUGUCUUAAAAUUGAAUAACUUUUACAUGGUAUGGAACUUAAAAAAUGUUGUCAAAGAUUAUAUCAGGAAGUAUCCAACAAAUAAAAAAUUAUACUUUUUGUUUAUGAUGCCAGUUAAUCAUGGUAACUUUGGUAUUUGCUCUGUGAUAAUACAUUACAUAUUUUGUUUUCCAUUUGAAUUGUUAGUACUAUGAAUCAGUAAUAUCUUUUUCAUUUACUUAUUUUAAAAACAAUGUCUUUCAAAUACUGAAUUAUUCAUUUAUUCAAAAUUGUCAUUGAAAAUCUUCAGUUUCUAGUUAAGUAAUUAUUAUGGUUUGAUUUUUAGAUAUGCUUAAGACUAAGAUAUGGCCCUAUAAUUAUAUAUUAUCAUUAUAUUCCAUUUCAAAAUCACACAUUCUAUGCAUGCUUGUAUAUUGUUUACGUACACAAAUAUUUGAACAGUAUAAGUUAAACUCUAACAUUUCUCAUUAGUGAUAAUGAUAGACAAAAUUCCAAAAGUUACUUAGCAUAACUGCAAUGAAUGCAGAGAAGCCUCUUGUCUGACAGGAGGAGGCAGGAUGUGCUAGUUUGUUAAACUGGAAUGAAUUAUGUACUAGUAUUUUGUAUUGUGAAAUGUGAUUGGGUCAACUAGUUCUUUACAAAACAAUUCUCAGAUAUUUAGGCCAAUGAACAUGAGCCAUGGAAGUGUAGAAGAUUUAAUUUUCAUAAGUUCUCAAAAUAUGUAUCUUUGCUAAUUUUGGUUUCCCUUUUUCAAAUAUCAUUUCAUUUGUUAUGUUUGUGCUUGUGAUAUUGAGUGAACUAUUUUUCUUUUUAUUAGAAAACUAAUUUAUACAUAAGACUCAAAAAGCCAUGAUGUCUAGAUCAUUCUGCUGGAACCUUUGCCUUUUUUUUUGUAUUUUUAGUCAAGGGGUUGGAUUUUUAUAAUUUGUUAUAUCUAUAUUUCCAUAUUAUUUCAUUUCUUUCUAUAUAUAUUUUUGUUUUAUUGUGUGAAAAAAGUUCUUGGGAAUACAACCAUUUUUUAAGUGAAAAACCCAUUGUUUUUUUCAUAGCUUCAAAAGAUACAGUUUUUGUAUAGUUUGAGAGUAAACCGGCUAGUUUUUACAAUAGAAUCUCAUGAUAGUUUAUCCAGUCUAUUACUACCAUAUCUGUCAUAAUGUUAUCAUUUUUAAUCCAUAAAAUAGUAUACAGAAACAUACAUAAACACAAUGAAGUCGCUACCAAAUAAAAACAGAAAACAACUUUUUUUUUGUAUAUGUUAAAAUAUAUAUUUGGGGAUACAAGCUAGUCCUGUGGAUGAUAUCUGGAUAUUUAACCGUGUUUGAAUCAGUGUGAUGAUAUAGAAUAUUCCAUGAAAUUUUAAGCUUUGUUUACAUUUUUAAGAGUGACAAUCAUUCUCUUAGCUUGAAUGGUGAGUGUCAGGAUGUUUCUGAUUGGCUACCUUUCCCUGGUCAAAAUUAUGGAUGGCAGUACAUAGGCUUAAGAACAUUGCCAUAAAUACAAGUAUAAAAAUUUGAAUUUAACUAUUAAAUGUACAAACUACAUGUGCCAUUAUUAAAACACUGUUUUGCUUUCCAAGUCACUAAUUUUUUUUUUAAUGUAAAAUCUCUUGCCAGUUUAUUAUAAAUCUAAAUAAUGUUUCAAUGUUUGAAUACCAAAGCAUACUUACAUGAAAAUUAUAUUUAAAGGCAAAAGUUUGUAUGCUUGGUAAGGCAUGAAAUAUUUGCAGCAUUUCUAGGCUUUAUGUUGUAUGGGAACAUAUCUGUCUUGGUGAAAUAUAAAUAAAUACAUCAACAAGCAUAAA